UAUUAUCGUAUCGAUUCUAACACCUGUCACUAUACAUUUCCUAUUUCAAUGACCUUGAGAUAAGAAUAUAGAGAGAUUUCUGAUAACUGACAAAAAGAUCCUCCCCAUGAGUCAUUGUCAGAUUGAAACAGUUUAUAAGUCAUUCGAUGAUAUUACUGUAUCAGAAGAAAAUCGAUUAUUAACUUCAAGUUCUGUUAUAUUAUAUCACUGUUUUUUUUUUCUUUUAAUUAUUUAAUUAUUAUUAUAUAAAUCUUUUAUAGUAAGAAUUGUUCCUUACAGAUGAACACUUGGAUCGUGUUUCUAGCAGCUUUUGCAGCAUUUGCUGCAACUGCGACAGCAGAUUACAAAAUCGUCUGCUAUUUUGGUAGUUGGUCAACUUACAGACCUGAUGCAGGCAAAUUUGAAGUAGAAAACAUCGAUCCAACUCUCUGUACUCACGUAAUUUAUACAUUUGUUGGAAUCAGUGAAGAAGGAGCAGUUAAAGUAUUAGAUUCAUGGCAAGAUCUACCAAACGAUUACGGAAAGAAUGGUUUUGGUAGAUUUAUCAAACUCCGUGAAACAAAUCCAGACGUUAAACUUAUCAUUGCCAUUGGAGGAUGGAACGAGGGUUCGACUAAAUAUUCUCACGUUGUUGCAAAUCCUGCUCUUCGUGCUAAAUUCGUUGAUUCCGUUGUUCAAUUCUUAAAGAAAUAUCAUUUCGAUGGUUUCGAUGUUGAUUGGGAAUAUCCAAAUCAACGUGGAGGCAAGGCUGCUGACAAAGAAAACUAUGUUUUACUUUUAAAAGAACUUAGAGAAGCAUUUGACCAACAUGGAUACAUUCUUAGCGCGGCUGUUGGUGCUGCUGAAUCUUCUGCUUCUCAAUCUUAUAUCAUUCCUGAAAUGUCUAAACAUUUGCACUUAAUCAAUCUUAUGGCUUACGAUCUUCAUGGUUCUUGGGAAUCAACAACUGGAAUCAAUGCACCUCUCUAUCCCCAAAAAGGCAUAACUGGUAACAACGCUAAACUCACUACUGAUGCAGCAGUACAAUAUUGGCUAGAUCAAGGUGCCCCUGCUGAAAAAUUGAUUGUCGGUGUACCUUUCUACGGUAGAUCUUUUUCUCUUCAAAACGCUCAAAAUAAUAAAGUUGGAGCACCAACCACUGGACCAGGAAUGGCAGGAGAAUACACUCGUGAACCUGGAAUGUUGGGAUACAAUGAAAUUUGCACAAGAGUACAAAGUGGUAAAUGGACUGUUGUUUAUGACGAAGAUCAACGCGUACCUUAUGCAUAUAGCGAUAAUCAAUGGGUUGGCUAUGACAAUGUUCAAUCUUUGAAAGAAAAAGCUGAAUAUAUUAAAGCUAAAGGUCUUGGUGGUGCUAUGUUGUGGAGUGUUGAAACUGAUGACUUCCGGGGUGCAUGUGGAGAAAAAUAUCCUCUUCUGAAAGUUUUGAACAAUGUUUUGCUAAAUGGUCCACCUUUAAAGACCACCACACCUGGUAAACCAACUAAACCAACAGAACCAACUACUCAAACCAGACCUACUAAAACAACCGAAUCAACAACUAGCAAACCACCAAACGAGGGUAUUUGCACCAAGGAAGGAUUUGUCCGUGAUCCUCACAUCUGUUCUAAAUUCUAUCAAUGUAUUCUUGUCAAUGGUCACUUCCAAGUCAUUGAAUUCAAUUGUCCUGAUGGUCUUGUUUUCAAUCCAAAAAUAUUAGGCUGCGACUACCCAAGUUCAGUUAUAUGUCCAUAGACCAAAUAAAAAUGAUGAAUUUUGCAGAAUUAACUUUCUUACUUGACUACAGGAAAAAUCCUUUUUUCUUAUAUUAAAA